AUGAGCGCGGUGGUGCACGCCACCAGUUCCCAGCAAGGUGGGCGCCAAAACCUGGACAGGUGCUGGAGAAGCUGGAGGGCGUCCUGCAAUCCACUGCUGGGAACCAGGGCUCCGGAGGGAUUCAGAGCUGCAUCCGAGAUGCGCUCAGAUAUAAUGGUUGCCAGCCCACAGAACAUGUUAGUAAUCCAUCCAGUCCUUCAGAUUCAACAUAACCUGUGCAUGCCGACCUCGCGUAAUGGUACCUUUUCACUUCACCCUAACAAAAGCUUCUAUUUUGUUUUCUGGAUCUACCAGGGGAACUUAGCUGACGGCCAAGGAGCAGGAAGAGAGGACCCUGUUGGAGCUGUACAUUCUGAAGAGAAUAGUGGUGCCUUGGUUCAGUUAGAAGAUGGAACAGCUGCAUCUUUGGAAGCCAACAAGGCGAUGUGCCAUAAAGCUAUCUUUGACAUUCUAAUCUCCGAGAAGUUUGCCAUGCUGUGUGAUCUGCUAGCUGCAACAUUCCAUGUCAAUAAGCCUGAUGACCUGAUUGGUUUGCAAAUAAUUGAUGCCAAGAUGAGAAAUGGGGAUUAUGCACAGAACCCUGCGCUGCUUGACCAUGAUAUCAAACAGAUAUGGAAGAAGAUUGAACAUGUUGGCCAACAAAUGGCUGGUCUGGCAAGCAGUCUCUCACUGAUUUCACAAGCUUCUCAUCAAAAGCAGGCUUCUGGCGUUUCAGAAAUUGAUGUGGCUGAACACAGGAUAGAGGAAACAAAUUUGGGUGGUGGCGCCCACAAAGCCCUAAGGGAGUUGACUCCCCCUUGCGAUUCUGGCCAUUCUAUGAUACCCAAACAAACUGGGACAUCUGGAUCGGAUGGAAUUUGCAAGGAUUGUGGCGGAAAGGCAGACAGCGAAGGAAGAAUUAUCUGUGAUAGAUGUGAAGCUGCAUACCAUGUUUCAUGUCUCAAGCUUGCCAUUGAUGAAGAGGCCCCAGCAAAAUGGUACUGUCCCAGCUGUGUUGGAUUAGACGGACCUUCAAAGAAUAACAACAAUGGCAGAUCACAUGAAGGCUGCGAUGUAUGCGAGUGGCUCGUGGUGGAGAAGCCAGAAGAACCCGCUGAAGAUGUUAUCCAACCUGAAUUGGCCAUCAAAACGCAGGAGAGCUCAGUGUCAAGCAUGGAUGAAGACAGUGAACCGGACCUCUCAACAACUGCUCUAGCAAACUUGUGCAAGCAUUGUGGCACAUGUGAAGAUGAGAACAGGAAGUUCUUGGUAUGCGGCCAUCCUUACUGUGCUUACAAGUUCUAUCAUGUCCUGUGCAUGAAAGAAAGCCAGAUUGCAAGUGAGAAGCAGAAGAAUCUAGCAUGUUGGUACUGCCCGUCUUGCCUGUGCAGACGCUGCUUCAGAAACAAGGAUGAUGAAGAAAUAGUAUUGUGUGAUGGCUGUGAUGAUGCUUAUCACAUUUUUUGCACGACUCCGCCUCUCGAAUGUAUCCCGAGAGGUAACUGGUACUGCAUGUUGUGUAACGUGCGGAGGUCAGCACGUGGGAUGGAGAGGUAUGAGAAGUCGAUCCUGCAGAAGGCCAAGCGUGUUCCUGAUGCCAAAAGGCCAAAUGUGCAUGCAGCUGCUGCUCCAGAAAAAUAA